AUGAGUUCAAAAGAAGGAUCAGCAGUAUUAUCUACCAAAGGAGGGAGAGGAAAGCCGAAGUCAUCCAAGUCGGUGUCAAGGUCCCAGAAGGCAGGUUUGCAGUUUCCGGUGGGAAGGAUUGCAAGGUUUUUGAAAACUGGAAAGUAUGCUGAACGUCUUGGUGCUGGAUCUCCUGUCUAUCUCUCUGCUGUCCUUGAAUACCUUGCUGCUGAGGUUCUUGAGCUGGCUGGAAAUGCUGCAAGAGAUAACAAGAAGAACCGGAUUAUACCAAGGCACAUCCAGCUUGCAGUGAGAAACGAUGAGGAGUUAGGAAAGCUGUUGGGGUCAGUUACAAUUGCAAAUGGAGGUGUUUUGCCUAAGAUUCAUCAGACUCUGCUUCCUAAGAAGGCUGGCAAAGGGAAGGGUGAUAUUGGAUCUGCUUCUCAGGAUUCUAAAGAAGGAGGCGCAACUACUAAGGGAGGAAGGGGGAAACCAAAGGCAUCUAAGUCUGUUUCGAGAUCGCAGAAAGCAGGGUUGCAAUUCCCAGUAGGGAGGAUUGCUAGGUUCUUGAAGUCUGGUAAAUAUGCUGAACGUGUUGGUGCUGGAGCUCCCGUUUAUCUCUCUGCUGUCCUUGAGUAUCUCGCUGCUGAGGUGCUUGAGCUAGCUGGGAAUGCAGCAAGAGACAAUAAGAAGAAUCGUAUAGUGCCAAGGCACAUCCAGCUUGCAGUGAGAAAUGACGAGGAAUUGAGCAAGCUAUUGGGGUCAGUUACAAUUGCAAAUGGAGGUGUCUUGCCUAACAUUCACCAGACACUGCUUCCUAAGAAGAUGGGUAAAGGAAAGGGUGACAUUGGAUCUGCUUCUCAGGAGUUUUAG